CUAUAAAUACAUAAGAAUGCCUUCUCUUCCGAAGAGUGUGCAUGAUAACUGUUUGACGAAAUGUCAACAAUGAUUCAUCUAUCGAUAGUGUUCUUCUUCUUGUUUUCAAAUGCUCUUGUUUACAGAGUUUCUCAUGCUUCCUCUUACUCCCGUCUCAUAAGCAGUGGUGUUGACCAUGACCAUCGUCUUCAUUCUCCCAUUAAUGAACAACCACUCGCCAAAAUCGCCAUUCACAAGACUGUUAUCGCUCUCCAUGAAUCAGCUUCCAUUCGUUCUAACCCUUUGCUACUAGGAUUCAAGGGCGAGGAUGCUGAAUGGGUCAACGUAGAGCUUGAGUACGCUGAAGCAUCUGAGGACGAUUGGGUUGGAGUUUUUUCACCAGCGAAGUUCAAUUCAUCAGAUUGUUCAUCUGAAGCUGGUAACUGGCCGGAGACUCCAUACUUAUGCACAGCUCCAAUUAAGUACAAGUUCGCAAAUCACUCCACUGUCGAUUAUGUUGAAACAGGAAAAGCUACUCUCAGCUUCCGGAUCAUCAAUCAACGUGCAGAUUUCGCGUUUGCGUUAUUCACAGGCGGAUUAGAAACUCCGAAAUUGGUUGCUGUUUCUGAUCCUAUAUCAUUUGCAAACCCUAAAGCUCCUUUAUACCCUCGUCUUGCCCAUGGAAAAGCUUGGGAUGAGAUGACUGUAACUUGGACCAGUGGUUAUAACAUUGAUGAAGCAACUCCACUUGUUGAAUGGGGAUGGAAGGGCCAAAUAAAAAAGCUUUCUCCAGCAGGGACGUUGACUUUUACACGUGGCAGCAUGUGUGGUCCACCUGCACGUACAGUUGGAUGGCGUGACCCUGGUUUUAUCCACACUAGUUUCUUAAAGGAAUUGUGGCCAAACACCAUGUAUGAAUAUAGAAUGGGACAUAUGCUUUCAAAUGGAUCAAUCAUUUAUAGUAAAAUGUACACAUUCAAAUCAUCUCCAUAUCCAGGACAGGAUUCACUUCAGCGUGUUAUCAUAUUUGGAGACAUGGGAAAGGCGGAACGUGACGGGUCAAAUGAGUAUGCAAAUUAUCAGCCAGGAUCACUCAUUACUACAGACCAAUUAGUUAGUGACCUUGACAACUAUGAUAUAGUGUUUCAUAUAGGAGAUUUACCAUAUGCCAAUGGAUUUCUCUCGCAAUGGGAUCAAUUCACAUCACAAGUCGAACCCAUUUCAUCUGUAAAGCCAUAUAUGAUUGCGAGUGGCAACCAUGAACGUGAUUUUCCUAAUUCUGGAUCUUUUUACGACACUCCUGAUUCAGGCGGGGAGUGUGGUGUGCCUGCUGAGUCCAUGUACUAUGUUCCCGCAGAUAACAGAGCUAAAUUCUGGUAUGCAACAGAUUAUGGGAUGUUUCACUUUUGUAUAGCGGAUUCAGAGCAUGAUUGGAGGGAGGGUUCAGAACAAUAUGCAUGGAUAGAAAAAUGUCUUGCAUCAGUUGACAGACAAAAACAACCAUGGUUGAUCUUUGCUGCUCAUCGUGUUCUUGGUUAUUCUUCUAAUAGUUGGUUAGCCAAUGAGGGUGCAUUUGAAGAGCCCAUGGGACGUGCGAAUUUGCAAAAGUUAUGGCAAAAAUACAAAGUGGACAUCGCGUUGUAUGGGCAUGUCCAUAAUUAUGAAAGGACAUGUCCUAUAUACCAGAACCAAUGUGUGAACUCGGAGAUAUCGCAGUAUUCUGGUACAGUGAAUGGAACGAUUCAUGUUGUUGUUGGUGGAGGAGGGAGCCAUUUGUCGGAUUUUACUGAGAUAAAUACGUUUUGGAGUUUGUAUAAAGAUCAAGAUUGGGGAUUUGUGAAACUUACUGCUUUUAACCAUUCUUCGCUUCUAUUUGAGUACAAGAAGAGUAGUGAUGGUUUGGUUUAUGAUAAUUUCACAAUUUCAAGAGACUAUAGAGAUGUAUUAGCAUGUGUGCAUGAUGGAUGUGAACCUACCACGUUGGCAACUUAAAAAAAAAUUGUCUUGAUAGUAAGACUUAAGGAUUCAACUGUACCAAUAAUGUUUGUAGGUGCUAUCUUUGUAAUUCUUGCUUAUUACUAAAUAACCAAGUUUCAAUUAUAAUGUAUAUGUUUCGUUAUUA